AUGGAGCCCUAUAGCAGCUCUUACAUUUCUGAGGAACAAGACGAAGAGCCUUAUCAUUGUUCGCCGGCCUACGAUGAGGAGGAUAUUGUUUGUUUAGGAUCCGACUCCGAGCAGACACCAGAGGAAAUCACUCGGAAGCGCCAGCGGUACGAGGCAGAAGCACAAAGGUGUAUCAAGGGGAAACUGCCACUUCUGCAAUCUGCAAGCCUGAAAGGCCCUUUCGACACCGGUUGGACCAAUCCUUGGAGAUAUCGACCCAAAAAGAAGCAAGAUGAAGACUGGUGGCAGCCAGGUUCUGAGGAUAUGUUGUUUACAAGGGCUAAAGUUAUGGAACGUGCUGCUGCUCAUGGGCUUGGUUACCUGAAGCCCGUAGAUGCGCUUCGAUGGUGCAAAGCUACAGCACAAGCCGAAGCCGAAGCCAUUAAUGAGACCAAUAUACAGAGCGGACAAAUUAUGAGAUCAGUAGAGCGAGACGAUUUGCAAGAACCAGAUAAUAUGAUUGAUACACCUGCAGGCGAUGAUGUCAACCAAGGUCGGAUGAAUUACAGUCCUUCACGUUCCCCAGAUAAUCCCGAGCUAUCAAUGCUCAAUCAUGACAGUAAAACGCCACACACGAGCCUUGGUCUGGACAACAAAAAUAUGAUGAAGCGACCUGCUGAUUCGCAAUGGCUUAAGGGAUCUUACGUAUCGAAACGGGCCCGAUGGGAAGGACCUGCGGUUCCCUCCCCGACUCCUCUACCUGAUGUGCUGGAGCGAGAUCGGCGCAGGCGCCAAUUAUCUGCGAGGAAACUCGAUCAAUCCAAAGUCAAGGUAUACAAGUCUUCCCACUUGUCAAAGAGCUUUCCGAAUAAUGAAUCUGGGGAGGUUCCUAUACAUCGCCUGGCACAAAUCAGAAAUCUAGAGAUUCCACAGGAGCCCCAUUGUCAAUCGGAUUAUGGAGCCAUUUCUACUUUUGUUUGUGAGAAGAGAACUUCUCAUAUCGGAUAUGAAGAUUUCGGGCACCAGCCUGACGAUCUUGAUGAGCUUCAGGACAACUCGCAGGAGGAUUUUUUUCGGCCAGCUCCACGAUCCAGCGUCAAGUCCAAAAAGGUCCAAGCACCUAUCGAUAAUCGAUCUCUUUCCGACCUCGAGCCGGACGAUUUGAUUGCCAUCAAGCCUCGUACCAAGCAAAGUACUGGCGUCUCUGUUGAUCACAGCCCAACAUCUGAUAGUUGUAUAUUGAAUAGAGAUCUCGAUGAUUCGUACGAUCUGCCGGAACUACCUCGCAGCUAUCGAAAACGAACUGCAGGUGACGACUAUGAAGAUGAAGACAGUUUUGUUACAGAAGUGGCACCCUCUUCCAGGAAUGUGGAGAAAUUUCAGUUUAGAAAGCGAAGGUCAAGAUCACAGAUGCCUGUAAGGAGAGAGGAAAAUUGCGGGAUAAGCGAAGAUGGACGAAAUAUAAUAUCGGAUGCGCAAUCACGGCAAUCGGUAGGCAGAUAUAAACCACCCGGUGUCAUACAAAGAGCAGAUGAAACACCAGAAUACCUUUCGCACGAGCAAGUCAGCUCGAUCAGAGCGCCACCAAGGGACGAAAACCCACUACGAGAAAGCCAAGCGACACCCCCUAAGAGCGAAAAGCCUAAGAGCGAAAAGGCUAACUCGAGCUGGGAUCAGGCGACUGAUGUAAAUCAAAGCUCCUCGUUUACUCGUGAGGCCAACGUUCCUCAGAAUACGUCGCCUCCAAAGUCGACAAGCUCUAGAUCGGCAUCUCCAAUCACCACUCCCAAACACAGAGCGGAGACUUCACUGCUCUCGUCACUCACCGGUCACUUGCUGAGGUCCUUUAGGAAGUCAGACAAACCUCCAGCUGCAGAAAAGGAGCCUCGGAUACCUGUGUGCUCGAACGAAAUGAGCACGCAAUCAUUUAACACUACCCCGCCAGGAUCGUUGGUCAGAUCAGAUCGGAAAUGCCUAUUGCGCGAACCCAUUAGUCAGCAAUCCAAGGCAAAAGCAAAGUUGCAAAGAUCAAUUCCUACCGAGAUGGAUAUGAUUCAACUUGCUUUGUCGCAGACAUGCCCAAGUCCCAGCAGCGAAGACAGGCUCCACGAGAGGACAGAGGGACCUUCACAAGAGAUUUGCAUUGAAGAUGCUCUUGCGAGCAAAGCGAAAGGCUUGGAGCCUCGUCAAACCGGUGGCAAUGUUUCAUCACCCGAUAUCCGCUCUCAGACUCAGAGGGGACUGGCUCUUGCGCUCCCUGAUAUGGAGUUCACAUCAUUUACUGAUGAAUCAUUCUUGUUCCUAGGAGGAUACUUGACGGAAACAGCAAAUGAAGUAGCAGCUGCUGCUCCUGAAGACAAUCAAGAAAAGAAAUCACGCCCGGGUAUCAUCCAACAUCGAUCCCCAGCAUCGGUCAAUGAAGUGGUGGGAAUUAGGCUACAGGAACAUAGCCGAAUGGUUUCAGAGAAUGUUCAAACCAGCAGGGCUGCUUCUCGUGAGACGGUUGGUGAACCUGUAGAUGAGACUCGACCGCUCGCCCUUGGCACAUCUGAAGAUGUUGGGAUUGAGAAAGAUCUGGAGGAUAUAGAUGUCCAAGACAAAAGCAAUAUUCAGAUAAGUUGCCAGAGUGUUGGUGUUACCAAUAGUGCUAGAGCUGCUUCUGAGGCUGAGUAUCGGGACCAACUUUCAGAUGACUACUCAUCUCAUAGCAUUCCCGGCUUAGCUAUAUUUGAGGGAGACGAGAGCACUUUUAAUACCGCUCAAAAACACCUUGACAGCAAACUUGCCAAUCGAGAUGCCCGGUCCACAUUUGCUGCUUCACCUAGACAUCAAUCUCAGCGGUCACUUGAAAAUGGCAUUCAAGAUGACUGGAUUGAGAUGCCUGGGACGGCCACGAGGGAGCAGGGCAGCAAGAUAGCCACUGACAGCGACCAGAACAGCAAGAAGACUACUGCUGCAUCUGUUAUUCGACACGAUGAGGCGGCAGCAGUUCGGCCUGGUGACCAGCGUGAUGAGCCUGCCAAUGGGUCCGAAACCAGCUGGGAAGGAUGCGGCCCACAAAGUCCUUGGGCCGAUGAGAAGAUGGAGCUACUGCCCACUGUUUUUUCAAGGAGGCAAUCAGAGGAUGCGUCGCCAAGGCACACAAAGUGUAAUGAAAGUUACCACACAGAGCCUGCAAGGCUAGGAAAUAGGCCGUUGACUGAGGAAGUGAGCUGGGUAGCAAUUCGGCGACCCUCUACCCCCGACUGCGGUGGCAUAAAACCAUUCAGAGAUUUCUCAACUCCAACAGCGUCCCCUGGAAGUCGAACUGCCGACCUUAGGCGUACCUCGAUCGAUACUCUAUCACUAGAUGCCGCGAUGCGGAACCCUUGGACAAGUAGUUCCAAGAAUCGGUCUCCAGCAAAGUCUAGAAAACGUGUAUCGUUUGGCAUUAUGCCUCUAGACGAAGAAUCACUGCAGGGCAGAGCCCGCCCUGAGAAAAACACCCCGCGUUCCCCACCUCCGGCACAAGCAGACCCUACCGACCAAGAAGAGGAUAUAUUUCACGAUGGGACGACUGUAACAACCACAUUUAACAAACACUUCGUAGCAGCCUCCAGACCUAGACAGUUCAGGCGUAUCCUGCCAGAGGUCAGAGCUUCUCAAUUGAAUAGCAGUCCGGCUAAGCUUGAGGCUCAAGCCGAGGCAUUUAUUGCUGCGGAUCAUGAUAUUCCAACUGACCAGGGGCCAACUUCUGUCAAUGUAACUGCUUCGCGGCAUCUUACGGCUCGGAGUGAUAGCAAUACCAACAGCAGCUGGAAUGACAAGGGGGAGGGGGAGGACGAUGGCUCGAUGCUUGGUAGUCCUUUUUCCCGCAGUCCCUUGGAAAGAGUACCAGGGAGACAAACUUCACUCAAGACAUUCGACAUGGCUUUGGCGCUUGGAGAAGCUGCUGGCUUUCUGGAGGACUGGUCCGUUGAUACCGUGCUGAAGCCUGUGAAGGAGAGAGAUUCUACCAAUCGUGAUGACAGUAAUGGAAUGAGAAGGAGAAAACUAUUCGGACUGUUGUAA